AUGCGCUUCUCCAUCCUCGCCAUCCUCGCCACCGCCGGCCUCGCCGCCGCCAACCCCGAGCCCAACUUGAAGCCCAAGCCCUGGGCUCCUCUCAGUGUCAAGGGGCUGAAGGACUGCCAGGCCGCCUGCUUCAAAGCCCACCUCUUCCAGCUCAGCAAGGGCCAAGUCCAAAUCGGCAAGACUACCAACGCUGAGUUCUGCUCGAUCCCGCAGCCCGAGCUCUCCGGCUGGCUCCAGAAAGAGGUCAUUCCCUGCACCAAGGUGGUCUGCGGCAAAUGCCAUAGCUGCCCUAAGAGUAAGUCUUACCCUAUGCUUCCUUGCGACACUAGAAACCCGGAAGGUUGA